AUGGCCCCGAUCCCAAGGGCCGAUUUGGAUGGGGACAAUCCUUCUUCGGAUAUUGGUGACAGCCAGGACUCCCCGCUACGUCGUCAAUUUUCUGAACCCUUCCGUCCCCAAUCUACUUCCACCCAAAUCUCUCAGUCCCCGGAGCCCAUGCCUCGACGGCUCAAGUGUGACUGGUGUGGGAAGCUUUUGAUGCUCCCAAAUGACGCAGACAUCUCCGAAGAAGAUGUUCUGAAUGAUCAUAUCAACGAAGUUCACCCGAAAUCUAUCAGUUUUUCUGGGUAUGAUGGUGCCGACGAUGGCGCUGAAGAUCUGGCUGAAGACCUCGCUGAAGACCUCGCCGAAGAUCUCGCCGAAGAUGGCGCUGAUGACACUUACGACGAGAAUGGCGAUCUCCAAGAUGAUGACGCCGUUGAACAAGACGAGUCCAUAUCCCAAUCUGCCAAGCCCGAAGAUGGCGAGGCCCAGGACGAAGAAGGCGAAGAGAUCGCAGUGGAAAUGACCACUGACGAUAGCAAUGGCACCCAGCAAACUGCAACCAAAGUCAAUGUCAGCCAGAUGCCCGAAACGAAACGCGACCUGUUGGACUGGCUUUCCAACCCGCGUACUGGAUAUCCCGAGGAGUACCGCCUCCGCGAGGCCCAGUGGCGACGACCAGAUGUGAAAAAGCGACUCGAUCGCUUCUGGAAAGUCCAUGAUGCCAACAAAUUCUCCCCCAACUACGACCAGGAAGCCGCCAAGUGUGAAUCUACUUGGGACAAUGCUUUCCAUGACCCUUCUAAACCCAGGAAGCGUGAUGCUCCUGAACCAGCUCCUCACCCUGUUCCAUACAAGAAGGCCAAAGUUGAAAAAGGUCAAUUCCUCGAAGUACAGACUCAUGAACUCGACGAACUUGUCACCAUGCUCCGCAAUCCCGAAAAAUACACACCCGAAGAACUUUACGCACUCACACAGACCGCUGCCUUUGCUUUGAAGGCAUUUCAAGAUGAAUACCUGGCCCUUGACGACCUUUACCUCAAGGCGCAUCGACACAAGCGAGAUGAACCCUCAUAUCAAACAAAGCGACAUCAAAUCCAGGGUCACAAGAAAAAGGGUGGAGCCCCUCUGGCUCAUGUCAAUGAGGACAAGCUUGACUUCGAGGAAAAGAAAGAGGCAAUGCUCUAUGGUUACAAACACAAUUAUUUCCCGGGCAACACACCACUUGUGCCCAUCCGCACACAGCAGGAUCCAUUUGUGCAGGGAGGAUUUGUCCCAACUCCCGCGCAAGCCAGAAAGAUGAUUGCUAAGAGCAAGGAGACUGGUGAUCUUAACCCUGAUGGGUGGGCAACCAUGAAGAAACAUGGCCUUGAAUAUCACCCUCAGAUUUAUGAACCUCGACGCGAGCCACUUGUUCCGAAAGUCACUCGGAAACGUAAGGCUGCAGAGGUUGAGGCACCAACCAAAACGACCGAUACAGAAGAAACUCAAAAUGAGAGUGCGGAUGGUGAUGAAACUGAUGAAGAUAACCACCCCGCAAAGCGGCGCACCCGAGGCCGCGGCGGCAAAACUGUCGUUGCCGAAUCUACUCACUCUGACUCAAACUCUCGCAGAGGCUCUGGCCGGGGCCGUGGCCGCGGACGCGGCCGUGGGCUUGGUCGCCUUGGUUCCUCUCGGGCUACUUUCGAAGUCACCCCUGCCCCAACUCAGCCCGCAUCUCGGGGCCGGGGUCGACGUGGCGCUAGCAGCCUGGCCUCCUCAUCAAUCCCUCCAGCAGAGACCUCCUUCCCGGCCGUCGAACCGAUGGCUACCGAAAGCCCUGUCGAAUCCACCCCGACAUCGGCCAAGAAGGAGGCUCUCUCUGCUGAGGCGAUUGAGGAGGCCAGGCGGCAGAAGAUCGCCAAUUCGAAGAACCCCAAGAGGACCAAGGCGAUGCUCGAUCACUGGGACCGGUUCAACCGGGAAGGACGGAUUCGCAACCCAAAGCGAUCCAAGGCCCAAAUCGAGCAGGACCGGACCGUCGACGGCGCCGCCGACGAGGUCCCCAAGCCCACUGGCCCCGGCCGCCGCAAGCGGUCGCCCUCGCUGGCACCACUUGCUGGCAACCUCGCCCCUAAGGGGCCCACCGGCCUGCCCUCAAUGGCAAGCGUACAGGCGCAGCAGCAGCAGCCCAUGCCUCCCACCCUUCCCCCGAUGGGGGUGGUGCCUCACUACGGCCCCGGCCCAGUGAACCCUUUCGCUGCUGCUGCUGCGCCUAUGGCGCAACUGGGGCAACCCAUGCCGCCCCAGUACGCCCCAUUCCCGUACGUCCAGUACCACGGGAUGGGUCCCCUCCCGGGUCAUAACCCGCGGGACCCACGCCAUUGA